UGAUUUACAGAAACGCCAUCAGAGCCGUUCACAGUCUGAGUGUAGCUUUCACAGACCCACAGCACUGUGCAAAGAGAUGGACAACAGUGCACAAGGCGGUAAAGCAUAUGGCUUUCUCAAGUCUCAACAGGAAGAAAAAUUGAACUCUAUCAAUGAAGCUUUUCUCUCAGAUCCUCAGUAUGCAGAAGAGGAAGACCUUGGCUCAAAGCUUGAAAUGUUCAGAAAGAAAUACAUGGAGUUUGAUCUUAACGACAAAGGAGAGAUAGACAUGAUGGGGUUAAAACGAAUGCUGGAGAAACUCGGGUUGGCCAAGACUCACCUAGAGCUGAAGAAGAUGAUGUCAGAGGCAGUUGGAGGGACAUCGAAAGACACAAUCAUCUAUAAUGACUUCCUGAAUAUGAUGCUGGGAAAAAGAAAUGCAAUUCUAAAGCUGAUCCUGAUGUUUGAAGGCAUGGGGAAGGAGCAGGAGGAGAAAAGUGCUGGACCGCGUGGACGCAAAACCUUUUCAGACCUGCCCUGAUGGAUCUUUACAUCCCAGCUGGAAUUGUUUCUCACUGUGCCUUUUUCAUAUUUAAACAUGAAAUGAAUUCUUUAAAAUCCAUAUCCAAGUGCAUUUUACACUAUAUUAGAGGCAACUAUAUGCUUUGAACCAAAGAGCCUACUUUCUAUGUUUUUUUAGCUGCUUAGUUGAUGAUGUGUAUAAUUAUUUUAUAACAUAAUAUUAUGGCUAACAUUGAACAUAUUUUAAAAAACAAACAUAAACAAUCACAAAUUCUAUAUUAUUAUAGUUGUACUGU